UAUAUAAAUUUCACAUCACACUCUUCAAAUCACCUUCACUUUAACACACACACCGCCGCCUGAAUUCACACACACACGCACUAACAUCUCAACAAAAAAUGCCGACAUCCUUCGAACGGAAUCUCAAUCUUUGUUUCACCAAAAUCAAACAACGCCACCAAUCUCCACCACCACCGCACCCACCACCGUCUCACCGCCGCUCCAAAUCCACACCCAUUAUCAAAAACUUCAACACCCUUUACGAAAUCCCGCAAGAUUCCGAUGACACGUCAUCAACCCCGACAACCCCCACCACCACCACAGAAUUAGAUCUAUCAACCGCCAUAGCAUCAAACCGGUUUUUCUUCUCCUCCCCGGGCCGGUCCAAUUCUAUAAUAGAAUCGUCGAGCCCGUCGACAUCUUCGCUCGCCUCCACCUCUUUUACGCCAGACAAUAUCCAUCCCGCUGACGUCAGCGGGAUGGUGAGUGGCGUCGGAGGUGGGGUCGCGGUACCGACGAUAUCGCCAGACCCGUAUUAUGAUUUUAGGAAAUCUAUGCAAGAAAUGGUGGAGGCACGUGAUGAUGUUAAUGAUCCACGUGCUAAUUGGGAUUACUUGCAUGAGCUUCUCACGUGUUAUCUUUAUUUGAACCCCAAAAGUGCGCAUAAGUUUAUUGUCGGUGCAUUUGCUGAUCUUUUAGUCACUCUUAUGACGACGGAAAAUGGUGGUUGCCGGAGCAUUUAAUAUUUUAUUAUAUAUAUAUAUAUGCCGGUUGUGGUGGUUGUAUUAUUUUUAUUUAAUUUUUUUGGUUUUUUUUUUUUUUGGAUGGGUGGCUGUAAUUUAAUGUAAUAUGUAGUUAAAUUUUGUGCAUUUCAAAAAGAAAAAAAAGGCUAAAUUUUGUAGUGAAAAGUCAAUGUCAAGGUACUAAUUUUCUGGGAAAUGUAUGUUGUU